UGAAGUGGUGAGGUUUUUUUAAUAAUAUUGUUUGGACGAGGAAUGUAAGUGCCUCCUGAUGAGUUCUGGAGCAGAUGGGAGAGGGAUUACAGGAACUCAUGUGGCAUUAGACCAGGAAAGCCGAGAAAUUAUCUCAGUCUGAAAGAGAGGGAAUUUUAGACCAGAGAAUGUUUGGUGAAGGGAAGAACAGGGUUCUUACUAACAGGGUUUUUUUGUUCUUUCUUCUGGAGAAAAACCCAGUGAAUAUAAGUAUGAAAUCUUUUUCUGAGAUAAUGCUUUGAAAUAGUGUUUCCUUCUUUUUUUUUUCUGGAACAGAAUUGAAAUUUUUGAAGAUAAAACGUCAGAGAAGAUCCCAUUUGAAAGAAGGAUUAGGCAAUUUGUGUUUAUUUUCCUUUACUUUUAGCACCUGCAUUUGAAAACCAGUCUCAGAUUCACAUGUGAGAUUGUCAUCCAGAGGGUAUUAGUGAUGGCUUCUUUUUCUAGCAGAGAUGAAAUUCAAGUUUCUUCUCACCUCAGGAUGCAUGUACUACUACUCAUCUAAUUCAGUAACUGGAAUUGCUUCUGUUUUCUGAGAGAUAACAUUCAACAUUCCUUUGCUGUGCCUUGAUGCUGAGGAUCCUCUCCUUGGGAGGCAGGAGAAGAUUAAGCCACGGCUAAAAAUCCUUUCUGUACCUGAGAAAAUGAAUGUCUUCAACUGAGGAAUGAGAUUGGGUAUGGAUCCCAACUGGGUUGUUUUUUCCAUGGGAAGGACUCUGGAUAAGGAGUGCAAGAGACGGGUUCUCAAAGAGCAUGCCUGACAGAUUCCUGCUCUUUCCAUCAUGUUCCAGUGCCUCUGAAAUACUCAGCUUUGCCACCAUGACACCAACAAGUUGCUGUGAGGGUUUGAACAUGAGUACCCAGCCACACACUGUGUCCAAGGCAGAGAUCCCUGGCCAUGUUCUUUACACUGUAGGAACGUGUGUGCUCAUUAUUGGCUCCAUUGGCAUCAUUGGAAACCUCCUAGUCCUCUAUGCAUUUUACAGCAACAAGAAGCUGAGGACUCCCCAAAACUACUUUAUAAUGAAUUUAGCUGUGAGCGACUUCCUGAUGUCGGCUUCUCAGGCACCCAUGUGCUUUGUCAACAGCUUGCACAGAGAAUGGAUACUUGGAGACAUAGGCUGUAACUUGUACGCUUUCUGCGGGGCUCUCUUUGGGAUAACCUCGAUGAUGACUCUGUUGGCUAUCUCUGUUGACCGCUACCUGGUGAUCACAAAGCCGCUGCAGUCCAUCCAGUGGACUUCCAAGAGACGCACCAUGCAGAUGAUCGCCGUGGUGUGGCUCUACUCGCUGGGAUGGAGCGUGGCUCCGCUCCUCGGCUGGAGUUCCUAUGUGCCUGAGGGCUUGAUGAUAUCCUGUACAUGGGACUAUGUAACCUACUCCCCUGCAAACAGAAGCUACACCAUGAUUUUAUGCUGCUGUGUGUUUUUUAUCCCCCUGGUAAUAAUAUUCUACUGCUAUUUAUCGAUGUUCUUGGCCAUAAGGCGUACUGGCAGAGAUGUUCAAAAGCUGGGGUCUUGUAGCCGGAAAUCCUACCUCUCUCAGUCCAUGAAGAAUGAGUGGAAGCUGGCAAAAAUUGCUUUUGUGGUCAUCAUUGUGUUUGUCUUGUCCUGGUCUCCAUAUGCUUGUGUCACCUUGAUUGCCUGGGCAGGUCGAGGCAGCAGCCUAACACCAUAUUCCAAAUCUGUGCCAGCAGUUAUUGCCAAAGCUUCUGCAAUCUACAACCCCAUCAUAUAUGCAAUAAUUCACCCAAGAUACAGAAAAACCAUCCACAAAGCUGUUCCCUGCUUGAGGUUCCUGAUACGAAUAUCGAAGAAUGACCUCCUAAGGGGGUCCAUAAAUGAGUCAUCCUUCAGGACCUCCCUCUGCAGCCACCACUCUCUUGCUGGCAGGACCAAGAGCACUUGUGUUUCCUCUGUUUCUACUGGAGAAGCUACCUGGAGCAACGUAGAGCUCGACCCUGUGGAGCCAGCUCAAGAGAAGCUGAAGCCGCGCCGAAGUCAAUCUUUCUCCACCAGUCUGAGACAAGAGAAGAGAGACCUGCUCCCAAAGACCUGCAGCUGUGAUGCAGCCACUGCCCAAAAGGUUUCGCUCUCCUCCAGCUGUUUGGAGAAGGUGCUUGGGCAGCCUGUCCUACCCAGUCCUUCUACACCAUUCAUGACCAGCUCCCUGAGAGCAACUUCUCUGCCUGUCAGAUUGAAUAGCAGCAGUGCCACCAGUGGAGACUCAAGUACUUCCCAUGUGGCAACUCAAGGAAGUCAAGUGAAUGGAGUUGUGGAUUCUCUCGUUAGCAAUGCAGUCCCUCGCAUCAUCAUCAUUCCUACCUCAGAGACCAAUCUGUUUCAGGAAGAACUGGAAGAGGAAGAGACUGAAUUAUUCCAAUUUCAUGACAAAAAGGGCAAUCUGCUGGACUUGGAAGGGCUUAGCUCAUCCAUGGAGUUCCUUGAAGCUGUUGAGAAAUUUCUAUCAUAACUUUGUCAAAAGAAAACUUUCCGGUAAUUAUUUUCUUGGCAUCUUCUCCACUUAAUUAUACCAAAUAACUGAAGCCUUGUAGGUUAGAUCAUCAGAUUUUUUUUUUGUAUGUUUAUAUAGUAGUCACUAGGCAGCCUCCAGAUUUAUCUUUGUCCAAACCAGCUCAGGCAUGGAAGCAGGCUUUUUUUUUCAGAUUGUGCUGCAGGAAAUGAGCAGCAGAAGAUCUGGCAGCAUGAUCGAGUGGCAUUGGUCAAGGAGGCCGCCUGAUCUGUUGCCACUGAUGGGGGUGCCAGCAGAAGGGAAAACCACUGACUGAGAGCAGGGUCAGCUGCUGAAUGCUCCUGCUAUCUGCACAGGGAACAGCGUUCCUGUUUUGGCAGCUCUGCUUUGGACCGCAAUGGGAAGCACCGCAAGACUGCAGCUUCCAGCAGCCCCAGCAGUAAGGCAGAUGGCUACAUGACCUCAGCUAGAGUUUAAUCAAAUAAUUCUCAGCAUUGUUUUUGCUGUGUUUUAUUUUUUAAAUAGGCAGCGUGCUAAACAUAAGGAAAGAAACUGGUGAUUUUUCACUGGGAAGUGACUGAUUCCCAGCUUCCAAUCCUCUGAAGUUGAGUGGUAGAAAUCUGGAUUUUACCUCAGCAUUAGCAUGGUCACCUAAAUGUCAAAAUGCAAGGUGCUAUAUGCUAAAACAUGCAGUACUGUAGAAGCAUUCAGAGUACUUUCAGGUUUACAGUCCUGAUUAAAUAUGUAUCCUAAUGAGUCUGUGAUUGAAAGGGUGAAUGCUCGCAGCUGGCUUGACAAGUCAUUGACAAAAAUAAAGCCUUGGCUGCUGUAUAUCACUUGUCUGUUCAGAGGAGGUUCUUCUCAUCUCCUCUGAAACAAACCAGCAGAUGUCUUUUACAGGUCACUUACCAGAGGCCUUCAGAGUGGGUAAAACUGAAGUGGGUAAAAAAAUCAUCUUGGAGAGAGAACCACAUGGUACUGUGGUGUUUGCUACAGGAUCUGCACUAAUUGUGCUCAUUUUAUCUGUGCUUCACAUUAUGGCUCAGGCUCACAGGAUUCUCCUGGCAUUUUAUUCCCAACUGCACUCUUCCUUUUUUUAAUCAUUUCCCCAGUUCUCCAUGCCUUCCCUUUCAGUUUCUGAUUUUCAAACAUAGACAACAAGCUGAACUACAUUGUUCUUCACACAAUAUCAAUAUAUAUUAGUAGAAAUCAGGUGCUCCUCUGGAUAUAAUAGUGCAAAUAUUUGGUCCAGGGAGACGUUUGGUCCUAGCAUUCAGACGUUCAACAAGAGAGUGAAAGUUUAUGUUCAUAGUCUCGGUUUAUUUCCUUGGCUGUAUCCUAGAUUGUGCAGAGACCAGUGAGAGAAUUUCCAGGUUUUGUGUAUUGCACUGCCUGAUCUCGGGAAGUAAUUUCUCUUUGCCCAUUUUCCUGAUGCAAAAACCAGAUGGGAAGCAUAGAAGUGCUUUUAAUUGCUUUUUUUCAUUACAAAAAAAGGCAACACAAAUCUUGCUUUCAACAAGCUAGACAGGACCACCACUAAAGAACAAAUUAAAACCCAGAGCAGCGCAAGAGAGCAAAGAACGCCUCAAAACUUGCACACCUGAGGCUGUGCAAGGUACCAGACCUUCGAGAGGACUGAGACACUUGCUUUUGAUAUAGAAUAUACAACUUUUAGAAAAAGAAAAAAAAGCACUGGUGUGUUAGAGAGGUGAUUGCUGUGACAGGCUGCCUAAUGCAGUGCUGACGUUCUUAAUGCUGCCAUUCUUUGAGGUGCUCUGCUGGCUAGAGACCCUCAUACUUCCUUACUGUGGAAAGCAGGGAGGAAAUCAGGGGAGCCCCAUCAUGCAAACGAUGGCCUGUGUGUAACCUUGGUGUGUGGUGCUGGGGACCAAGGCUCAGCUGAGGCAGCACCAGGCUGUGGUUCCUGCAGCCAGGCUGCCAAAGCCUGUGCCCAGUGAGUGCUGAGUUUUCUGACGGGGACAGGAAUCAUGCUAAGGUCAUCUGCAAUGAGCUCAGCAAUUCCAAGGGCAAUUCCUCCAUUUGAGGACUGGCACAGUAAGCAGACAGUGCAGGACAGCUGCCGGGGACUGGGAGAGGGAUGUGCUCACUUGCAGUUCCAUAGCAUCAGGUUUUCAUCCACUGCAUAGUUUUGGCCACAAUGAGUAAUCAAAUGUUAGUUAUGUAUUGUGUUAAUGGGAAAUGGGGCAGGCUUAGUCCUAGGCUAAACAUACUGUCCUGCCAUCUUGGAUUCUUGUCUUUUUUUUUUUUUGCUGAACCUGCCCUUUCUGAUUUAUUUUUUUUUU